AUCCAAACCAAGCUUAAAGAGAGAAAAAAGAGGGAGUGAGUGAGUGAGUCAACAUGGGUGGAACAACCAUGGGUGGUAGAGUAACGAGGUUCCUGUCGAGUCAUCGCAGGGUAAAAACCCUCGAGUUCAGCUACGUGGUUGAACAACCUCAACAUGAGACAAGUUGUGUUGUUGGUGACGUUGAAUUCGAGUUUCUUGAUGAUGCAAACAUCUAUAGUGCUUGCAGUAGUGAUGACUCUAAUGAAAUCGAGUUGGAUCAACAUCAUGAUGAUGAUCAAGAUAAUGAUGAUGAUACUUGUAACCUUGAGGAUAAUAGAACUUUUUGGGACAACCAACACCAGAUUUUGCAGGCAAAUGUAUGCAGAACAAGUUCUUUGGAGUCGAGGAUUAGGCAUGCAACCAAAGAAGCGCUUCAAGAAAUACAAAGCGAAGAGAGCGUCUGCUGCUGCGGGAGAGAGAUGGCGGCGGCCACCUCGUGCCGGAGCUGCUUGAUGAGGGAAGUUUCAAGGCGGCUUCAGAAAGCAGGUUUUGAUAGUGCCAUCUGUAAAACCAAAUGGAGAAGCUCACCAGACAUUCCUUCAGGUGAACACAAGUUUUUGGAUGUGAUAGACACUACAAGCUCAAAGAAAGGGGAGGUAAUAAGAGUGAUGAUAGAACUAAACUUCCGGGCGGAGUUCGAGAUGGCGAGGGGAAGCGAGGACUAUAACCGCCUGGUGCGGCGGCUCCCGGAAGUGUUUGUGGGGAAGGUGGAGAGACUAACGAACUUGAUCAAGAUCUUAUGCAUGGCUGCAAAAAGGUGCAUGAAAGAAAAGAAAAUGCACAUGGGGCCAUGGAGAAAGCAUAGGUACAUGCAAGCUAAGUGGUUAGGUCCAUGUGAAAGGAACACUUCAACAACCCCUUUAUUAUCAUCAUCAUCAAUGGGAUAUUCUCAAUCUCACAGGAUUAUUCCAAAGCCAAAGCCAAGAGCUUCCAUGUUAACGGUUGAUUUGUUGGACAAGCUAUCCACUAUGCAUUGUACAGCGGUUGAGGUUUUGUAACAUUGUAUCUUAUUAUUAUUAAGAGGGAGAAUGAAGAGUUUGCAUUUUUAUCC